AUGGACAGAAUUCCCGACUGCGGAGCUAGUGGCUUGAUUCCUUCAGCUAUCGAGCGAAGCGUGAACGAUUCACGAUCCUUCUUUCCACCAUGGGCAAUUCCUUCGAGGGCGCAGAGUGACGUUGGGUCUCCGACUGAAAGACUCGAGAAUCUACGCCAACAACUUGCCACAAUGCUGCCUUGCCAGAGAGAUGUGGAUUGCCUACUUUCAUCAAGUCACGGAUGGUGGCUUGUUCAGCAACAUAUGAUGGCGCAUCUACCAGACUCAGUUGACAACGACGCUCACAUGGUUUUCAAUGUCAGCGCUAUCUCAAAGAAACAUCCCAUCAUGAUCGCGAGACUACUUUUUUGUGUUGCAAUCUGCAUUCAGCAGCUCCCACCUGACAUGGAUAUGCAAACAAUCCAGACUACAACAUCACUCCGAGAAAUGAUGAGCAGUAUCAUUGAGUUCCUAAACCAAAAAGUCACCUCUGAUGAUGAGAUGAUUGGAAAUUUUGAAGGGGUCGAAUGUCUGGCCCUCCAGGGAAUAUACGAGGUUAAUGCGGGCAACCUUCGGAGAUCAUGGCUUUGCUAUCGAAAGGCCAUCACGAUAGCUCAACUACUGGGUCUACACCGAAUGUAUGUUCAAACAGACUGGAAAAGCCAGGAGCUGGCUUUGGCUAGGCGACGUCAUUUAUGGUGUCAAGUCUCGAGAGGAGAACGUUACCUGUCCGUCAUACUCGGCGUACCGUCGGCAACGGGCCCGGGAGCUCUCCCUUUCGACGACGACGCUGCGUGGCUUUCUCCAGAAGACAUUUACCACAAGCAUUUAUAUCACAUAGCCGGUCUCAUACUCGCGCGCAACCAAGAAACUUCUACUCAUUCCUUUUCAACCACUCAGAGAAUUGGUGAACAACUUGAUUCACUAGCAGAGCAAAUGCCGUCACCCUGGUGGGAAGUCCCUACCAACAUCCUCAAUAACCGCACAAAGGAGGCUUCUGUUCAAUUCGAGCGAGUCAUGUGCCAAAUAUGGCAUUUCGAGCUAGCAGUACUACUGCACCUACCCUUCAUGCUACUUGGGGCGACUGAUCGUCGAUACGAAUAUUCGCGUACCUCUUGUUUGGAUGCUAGCCGAAACUUGAUUAAGAGAUGGCUCGCCAUUCGUGCGAGCCAGAGGAAUUUCUACUUUUCAAAUCUGCUCGAAUUCGAGGUGUUCACGGCGGCAACCACUCUCCUGUUAGGAUUGCUGGGCCCGCAUAGGAGCACGGACCCUGACGCCCUACAAGUUAGAACGGAUGAUGCUGAGCUUGUAGAGACGGUUGUUCAGAAUUUUGAAAGACUCAAGCAACAUGGCUCAGGAAUGUCGGUUGGAGAUCAGAGUAUUUCGGUCAUACGUACACUCCAAAGCUUCCUCCAGGGACGGCACAUCUCUGGGAACUUGCGCCUUGAGAUUCCAUUCUUUGGGACUAUCAAAAUUGCACGUAGCGGUGCCGUGGAAGCGCUGGAAGGGGAGAGAGUUUUGGGGGCAAAUGCGCCCCGAAACAUUUUGUUCCAUCGACCUACCCAAUUGGCUACGUCUCCUUCCGUUACUGGACCGGAACCUUCUGUCGGACGACAGGAGCCGCAGGCAAAGGUGGUGAAUACAGGGAGCUACGCUGGCAAGGAAAUGGGGAGUCAGGAUACCGCCUUGCGGUUUUCUGAUGGUCAUCUUCAGUUUUCCGAGACCUCAGACAUCCCGGGAAUUCUUGACGGCAAACCUCCUUCCUACGUACGGUUGACCAGAUCAACCAAACAUUUCCAACUGGAGCACAUACCACCCAACAAUCGUUCCUCUCGUACCCAGUACCAAAAGAAGAUCAUGGCCCUCAAGACAGACACUGCCAGUAUCCUCGCCGCCGCCGAGACUCAUAUUCUCUCUUAUUGCGCCGACCUCACUUCGCCCAUCUUCAAAACCUCAUCCGAGCGCGCUGCUAAAAUGGCCACCUACUAUCUACCAACCAUCUCUUUCUUCACUGAAGGAACCAUCACUCAACUAUCCGAUCGAUCGCUCUACGUGCAACUGAUUGCAGGUCCAUUGGACAAGUUGGGCGGCCUUCCUGAAGUGAAAGGCCACAAAGUCGAGGCGGUUGGCGAAAACAGCGCGAUUAUAUGGCUCGUGUUGGAGGUGAAGGGAAUUGAGAUUUCGAACGUCUAUUUCUUCCGGAAAAUGGAGGAUGGAGCCGAAGGGUUCGAGGGAGGUAUCUUUGAUGGGGAAAUUUGGAUGUUGAAGCAACUGGCGAAGGAGUAA